AUGGCCCAGCUUCUGGGAACGGUGGACGAGGAGCUUGAGGAGAGGAUUACCAACGAGAACUACAAGAUAUGGAAGAAGAACGUGCCCUUCCUGUACGAUGUGAUGAUUACGCACGCCCUGGAAUGGCCAAGUCUUACUGUUCAAUGGCUCCCCGACACCAUAGUAAAUACAGCGAAGGAGCAGAAAGAAGGGAGAUUAAUCCUCGGGACGCAUACCUCAGAAUCCGACAACAACUACUUGAUGAUAGCGAAGGUCACUUGCCCGAUGGGUGAAGACGACCCAGAGUUAAGAAAGUACAACGAAGAGACGGGAGAGGCUGGAGGGUAUGGACAGAACCAGGCAAAGAUAGAGGUUUCACAGAGGAUAAAUCAUGAUGGGGAGAUAAAUCGCGCAAGGUAUAUGCCACAGAACCCCUGUCUGAUAGCGUGCAAGGGACCGAAACCUGAUGUCUUGGUGUUCGACUACACGAAGCAUCCUUCACAACCCAGUCACGACGGCACAGUGAAAGCAGAUCUUCGGCUUGGAGGGCAUGACAGUGAAGGGUACGGGUUGUCAUGGAAUCCUUCGCGACCGGGCUUGCUCCUGAGUGGGUCCAACGAUUGUAAUGUUUGUAUUUGGGACGUCUCGGCAAAGUGCACAGACAAGAAUUCUGUUUUGCCUCUGUCGAGAUCAAAAGCGCAUCACGGAGCCGUUGAGGAUGUUGCCUGGAGCGUCUUCGAGCCCAAAGUCUUCGCAACAGUAGGAGACGACAAGAUGCUGCAAAUAAUCAAGGCGCACGAGCAUGAAGUCAACUGCCUCUCGUUCAACCCCCUUGUACCUCAUCUUCUCUUGACUGGCUCGGCGGAUAAGACUGUCGGAGUGUGGGAUAUACGAAAUCUCUCUAAGGUGCUGUAUUCCUUUCAACACCAUCAGGAUUCGGUUAUGCAGGUGCAAUGGUCCCCUAAGAGACCGGAAAUCCUUGCUUCUGCAAGCCAAGACAAGAGGAUAUGCGUAUGGGACAUGGCGAGAGUUGGGCAGUUUCAAACCAAGGAGUGUGCAGAGGAUGGCCCUGCCGAGUUGCUGUUUAUCCAUGCAGGACAUACAGGACGUGUGUCUGACCUAUGCUGGGAUCCCAACAACGCCUGGACGAUUGCUUCCGUUGCCGAGGACAACAUCCUACACAUAUGGGAGAUGGUAGGAAAAUAUUGCUGA